UUUUAAUUUUCAAGUAAAAAAUAAAACCCUUCAACAUUCUCCCUCCCAAUUCACCCUAAAACCCUGCUCACUCAACCCACUUUUCCUCCGUCUUCCUCUUCGAUCUCCGGUAGGGUUUUUCGUCCACAAUCAGGGCAAUCAUUACUCCGGCGGUGGCUAUGGGGAGCAAUAACGGGUGGCGCACGGCGGGGAUGGAGGUGCCGCUGCUUAGCACCGACUCCAUCGAGUGGCAUCAACUCUCCGUUCCUUCCUCUUCUUCUUCAACUUCUACGGCCAACGCUUCCAGCCACCCACUUUCCAGAGACUUCGCCGCUUCUUGCUCCAUUGGAGACGCCCCUUCGUAUUUCAUCUGGAAAACCAGUAAAACUCAGUCAAAUUUGCUGGACAUUGUAGAACUACGCAGUCAUAAAGAAUUUUCAAGGAUUGGACUGCGACUCAUGUUUCCUGAUGCUCUUUUUCCAUUUGCUUUCAUCUGCAAAGAUGAGACCAAGUUUUCUUCCAGAAAUCAUUUGUUGCUUUAUACCUUGACAGUCUCAGGGGUUGCUUACUUAAUCAGAUUGAGGAACAAUUUUGACUAUGGAACUUCUUCUCUUGUCCCUACUGAUGAGUUUCUUGAGUAUAGCACCCAAGGUGAACCUCAUCAUGGAGCAGUAACAGCUGUUGCAGCAUCAGCAGGAUGUCUGUUGAUUGGUAGGAGUGAUGGAUCUGUUGGUUGUUUCCAGCUAGGCAGAGUUGACCCGAGCACUUCAGGAUUCGUGUAUGAAUUGCGAGAUGAUGCCGGUUUUGGUCGGUUGUGGGGCAUUUUGUCAAGGAGUCCAAUGGUGGCUGCCGUACAGGAUUUAGUAAUAUCAGAGGUGCAACAGAGAAAGCUUCUUUUUGUGCUUCAUUCUGAUGGAACUUUUCGUGUUUGGGACCUUUUAAGCCGUGCUAAAAUUUUCGGUCAUGCAAUGACAGUUCCAUCCUUGACAGGUGCAUUUACAAGGCUCUGGGUGGGAGAAGCUAAUGAUGAAAAUGACAUAAUUCCCGUGGCAAUGCUGCAUAAGCAAAAUUUGGAAGUUAGCACAGAGACAGUCUUUCUGUAUGGCCUUCAUUGUAACAUUGGAGAUCGAACACCGUUUUCACUAGAACGUUCAUUCAAAAAAAUCUCUUUGGGGGAGGAUGGGCUCAUAGAUGUUAAACUUACUUCAAACAAAGUCUGGAUUCUCAAGGAAGAGGGAUUGAUAAUGCAGGACUUGUUUUCUGAUGAAGUCACUGAGGGACCAUCCUAUUGCUAUGCUCUGCAGGAAAAUUUUGUUGCUGACCUGCUAUUUCAAAGUUCCGAGCAUUCUUCUGAUGAUCUACUUUGGCUUGCAUAUUCUGCGUUUUCAUCUGCGAAGGAGGAAAUUGCUCCAUUUGUAUCUUCUGUUUUCUUGCGUGCAUUGCUUUUUCCUGGGAUUCAUAGUACUGCUGUUCUGAGGCAGACUUUAGGAGAUCAUAACAAGUACUUCACUGAUUCCGAGUUUGGUUCGUUCACUGUUGAUGGUCUGAAAAGUGAAAUUUUGUCACUGAUUGAGCAUCAGGGUGGAAGUGCAAGUCCAGUUUCCAUUCUUCAAUGUUGGAAAUCUUUUUGCGCCCACUAUGUGAAUAAUUGGUGCGAGUACAAUGCAGCAUGUGGCCUGCUCAUGGAUCCAUUAACAGGUGCUAUCGGUUUAGUCAGGAACAACUCAAUCUCUCUCUGCCGUGGCUUGAAGGAUGUAGAGCAUAUUAUCUAUGGUUCUUUGGAGGAACAAAACAAGCAUAUAAGCCCCGAAUUGGGUUUUUCUCGUGAUGAGCGUGAUCAGACGAUUCUGUUUGAGUUACUACAAUGUGUUCGUAAUGUGAGCCAGCAGUUAGGCAAGGCUUCAUCAGCUAUAUUUUACGAAUCACUUCUUAGCACACCUCAUAUAUCAUCUGAGGAGCUUGUUUCUCGUUUUCUAAGGAUUCUAGAAACCGGUUAUAGUUCUUCAACUGCAGCUAUACUAAUAUCGGAACUCGGAGCUGAUAUUGCUUGGGAGAAAGAAUUGUCAAAUCAUAGGAACUUAAGAAAAUUUUCGACAAAUAUGUUUUUGUCCCUUCAAUCAUUGUGCCAGAAAGCUAACUCGUGGAGCAAGGUUUUGGAUGUGGUCGAGAGCUACAUACAGUUUUUCGUGCCUAAGAAAAUUGUACUUAAAUCUGGUGCUCAAGCAUUUUUCCCUAUAAGUGGUUCUGCUGUAGUGCAGUCCACUUCCCAAAUUGCCAAAGUGAUGUUUGAAUCUGUAUUGGAUGUUCUUAUGCUGCUAAGAUAUAUGAUUAGCAUCAGUGGGCAGAUUAACUUCACACAUGACGAUGUUUCAAGGGUUAAACUCGACUUAAUUCCAAUGAUUCAAGAAGUUGUUACGGAGUGGCAUAUUAUCCGUUUCUUUGGGACCACAUCAUCUGAAUCUCCUGCAAUUGAAGAUUUUAGUCAUCAGCUUUCAUCCUUACAAAUUGAUAACAACGUGGAUAAAAGAUUCUGGAAUGUGAAGCUUGGCAAAUGUGAUUUUUCCUUGGCAUUUAUCCUAUUAUUGAGUAUGCAAAGUUCCUCUGUAGAACUGGGGAACUUCUCUGUUGGUCGACUUCCAAACCCCAACAGCUUAAUUAGUUCGAGUCAGGAGUUCAUCAGCUGGAUAACUAGCGGAAGAAGUGGAGAAGAAUCUUCUGUAUUCAGCAAUUCAAUUGAUCUUGCGCUAAUCUUACUUAGACACCACCAAUACAAUGCCACUGAGUAUUUGCUUACUUUGGUGGAUGAAUAUUUACACAAAGAGAAAACAUUUGAGAGCCUUCAGUCUGUUGAUGGCAAAAUGUCUGCUCUUCUCCAUAUUCUUGGAUGCUCUCUUGUUGCUCAGACGCAACAUGGAUUGCAUGGACCGGUUAAAGAAAAAAAAGUUGGAGAGGCACUUCGUUGCUUUUUCAGAGCUGCGUCAGUGGAAGGAUUUUCCAAAGCUUUGCAAAGUUUACCACAGGAAGCAGGAUGGUUGCGAAUUGAUUUCAGUAGUUCUCUCUCAGCUGCUGCAUGGAAAGUUGAAUAUUAUCAGUGGGUGAUGCAGCUAUUUGAACAAUAUAAUCUGAGUGAAGCUGCUUGCCAAUUUGCCCUGGCUGCACUUGAGCAAGUUGAUGUAGCUCUUGAAACUAUUGAUUCCAGCUCCAGCGAGAAUCUUGGGGAAACAGUGAUUACUAUGAAAGGCAGACUUUGGGCGAAUGUUUUUAAGUUCACUUUGGAUAUUAAUAAAUACAAUGAUGCAUAUUGUGCAAUAAUAUCAAAUCCAGACGAGGAAAGCAAGACUAUUUGUUUGAGGCGUUUCAUCAUAGUUCUUUAUGAGCGUGGUGCAGUAAAGAUACUUUGUGAUGGCCAGUUACCGUUGAUUGGAUUAGUGCAGAAGGUGGAACGAGAGCUUGCCUGGAAGGCAGAGCGAUCUGAUAUUUCAACCAAGCCAAACGCUUUCAAACUACUUUAUGCGUUUGAGAUGCACAGACAUAACUGGCGUAAAGCUGCAAGUUACAUAUACCUCUAUUCAGUGCGUUUGAGAACCGAAGCAGCAGUAAAAGAUCAUCAAAUGAGGUCUUCGACUCUGCAAGAGAGGUUGAAUGGACUUGCGGCGGCUAUUAAUGCUUUGCAGCUUGUUAAUCCUUCAUAUGCUUGGAUUGAUGCCUCAGUUGAUGAAACAUCCAUUGACAGAGAAAACCAUCCAAAUAAGAAGGCUAGAACAACCAAGCAAGACCAAUCUCCUCCUGAUGAUGAUCUGCCUCAAAAGCUGCCAUCAUUUAUAGAUGUUGAGAAACUUGAGAAAGAGUUUGUUUUAACAUCAGCAGAGUACUUACUCUCUUUGGCAAACAUCAAGUGGACCUUUACUGGAAAUGAGACACCGUCAUCCAACCUUAUUGAUCUGCUGGUUGAAUCAAAUUCAUGUGAUAUGGCUUUUACGGUGAUCCUCAAGUUUUGGAAGGGUUCUUGUCUUAAAAGGGAACUUGAAAGAGUCUUUAUUUCAAUGGCAUUGAAAUGCUGCCCAAGCAAACUAGCUCCAUCAUUGCAUGGGAAAGGUCGUAAAAUGCACGGUCUUUUGUUGACUUCAUCACAAGAUGAGUUAGUUCAUGAUUCAUUUGAUGCAGAUUCAAUCGCACAGCAAUAUGCGGGGAAUAGCCAUUGGGAAACACUUGAACUCUAUCUUGAUAAAUACAGGCAAUUUCAUCCCAGAUUACCGUUAAUUGUUGCUGGAACUCUUCUUUCUGCUGAUUCUCAAAUAGAGUUGCCACUUUGGUUGGUUCGACAUUUCAAGGGUGAUCGCAACGAAAGUAGAUUUGGAAUGACUGGAACCGAGUCCAAUUCAGCAUCCCUAUUUCGCCUGUAUGUUGAUCAUGGCCGAUAUACAGAGGCUGUCAAUUUGCUAAUCGAGUACACUGAGACCUUUUCAGCACUUCGACCGGCUGAUGUUAUCCGUCGAAAAAGGCCGUUUGCUGCUUGGUUUCCAUAUACUUCCGUCGAACGCCUAUGGUGCCUUCUUGAGGAAUCAAUCAAAUCAGGUCACAGGAUUGACCAAUGUGGAAAGCUGAAAAAGUUAUUGCAUCGGGUUUUAGUCAACCAUCUCAAUCUUCUGAAAGUAGACUCGGAUGAUGUUCGAUCUUCCGUAAGCUAGUGUAUCCACUGGUCUUUUGGUGCUGUGCUAAACUUCCAGGUGCCUCGUUUUUUGAAUUUAGAGCCUUGGAAAAAUUAUUUGCCUCGAUCAAAAUUUGUUCUAUCUAAUGCAACGCGAUUUCCUUACCAGACUCGUUGGUACAACUUAUCAAGAUAUUGAGAGGCGUAGAAAAAAUUAUCUGCCUCUGUAAAGUUUUAAUCAGAUUUCAUGUUGUAUGUACCGGUUAUAGUGUAAUGCUCUCUGCCUGGCAAAAAAGAUAUUGUUGAAGAAAAGUGUACAUAAAAAAGCACUUGCCUGUAUUUAAAACUUAUGCUGUUCUCCGGAUUUUAUGCUUCUCGAAAGGCGAAAGUCGAAAGUCUUUCAUUUGUUAUC